GGUGUUUUCAGAUCUCGUUCGCUAUGUCUGGAAGAGGGAAGGGCGGCAAAGGCCUGGGCAAGGGUGGCGCUAAGCGCCACCGCAAGGUUUUGAGAGAUAACAUCCAAGGUAUCACCAAGCCCGCCAUCCGGCGUCUUGCUCGGCGCGGGGGAGUCAAGCGCAUCUCCGGCCUCAUUUACGAAGAGACCCGAGGUGUGUUGAAGGUGUUCCUGGAGAAUGUCAUUCGGGACGCGGUCACCUACACGGAGCACGCCAAGCGCAAGACGGUCACUGCCAUGGACGUGGUGUACGCGCUCAAACGGCAGGGACGCACCCUGUAUGGCUUCGGAGGCUAAGCUGCAGCUUCUGUGCUACGUGACAAUCUCAAAGGCCCUUUUUAGGGCCAACCACCCAGUCAUCAGAAGAGCUAGACACCUGCCUGAAGUAUAGGUAACUUUGAAUUUGGGGGCUGGUUAGUAGUGGGAUCAGGAGUCUAGGAGGUACCGAUGCCCAAAAGUGUUAACAGCCCUGAAAACCCGAGUCACUUACCAAAAGCUGCCUUUCACUUGCCUGCGUCAAUUUUUCCUAGCCUGAGAGGCUAUACGUGCUCCAGAUUUAAAGGAUUUUUCAGUUUGCUUUUGGGCGUGUAUCAUUUGUAAUCGUUGGACCAGACUGGAAAGUGGUGUGUGUGGGUUUCACUUACCAGGUCUACAGUGAGGAGGUGGGCUGGGUGGCUUAAUGCUGUGUGCACGUUGGGUUAUUGUGUCAUUACAGUCUGCUCAAUUGGAAAGGUGCAAAAGCACUAGCAAAACCAAAUCCAGCCACCAACCAUUCAAAACUGAAACAAAUAUAGGUUGUUAGACCAGCGAUGAGCUCAUUAAUACAAUACUUAAGUACAUCUGGAAAUUAUCUGGCUAGUGUAUGGAAAGUAUUUUUAGUUUCCUGUGUUUUUGGUGUUAAAGGCCCCUCACAAUUAUCUGCCGAGAGUAGUGCCUGUGCGUGCACGCGUACGCUACAUUUAAGGGAGAAUUUAGUUUAUGAGGUUUGUCUUUCAGUGAUAACAUUACAAAGAGACAAAUGCAGAAGCAACUAAGUAUGAACCUUAUAUAAAAUCUGAGCAAACUAUAUAACCUUAAUGUGAAAGCAAGACUUCAAGAAACAGUUCGGGUAUGUGACUUUUCCAUUAGGGCCUGUUGUAGCCUAGAGUAAGAGACCGGCAGAAACAUACCCACCAUCAAUACAGAAAGCACAAUUUAAUUUUUGACAAGGCAAAAGUAAAUUCUCCUUUUUAUAUAUAUAUGUGAAGCCAUUCUCUGUACUAUCACUUCUAAAUCGCCUUGAUUUGAAUUGAAAUGUAGAUCCACGCCUCUGGUCCUUAAACCUAAUUAUAGUUUUGCAGCUAUUACAUUUGCAAGGAAAAGAUUUUUUUUAGUGUUCUAUCUAGGCUUAUGAUUUUACAGCUACAUUUGGCUUGUAUGUAGCCAAGAAAAAAUUCUACAGAAGAAAUUCUGUCAGCUCCCCAAAGAUAAGCCAGCUAUUGCAUUAUUGGUCUCCACACUUGGCAGCUCUCAUUAGCAUCAAACGCUUGGUGAGCUAGGUUUAAAACAUGGUGCUUAGCAAUGGAGAUGCCAGAAAGUCAAAGCAUGUGAGACUUGCCUGUAAUAGCUUAUUAUCAGAAUAGGGGAUAAAAAUAAUACAUAAAUACAUACAUAUACAUGCAUACAUACUAACAUACACAGCCCAAAAGUACAUGGUGGCACAUAUUCGGUAUGAUGAGAAACGUAGCCGAUGAUUACUAUAGGAGUCUUAACACUACAGAAGUCACUGGCUGAUGGGAAAUGAGCAAGCUUGGGUGUGGAGGUGGGGCUUGUGUCAGACUGUUAAGAAGGAACUGACAGACUUCCCUGGUGGUCCAAUGGUUAAGACUCGGCGCUCCAAUGCAGGGGGUCUGGGUUCGAU